AUGGUCAAGAGAGAGAAAAUAAAGGAGGUAUACGGUGAGCUCCCCUUAAAGCACCGAGGCACGGCUGGGGACGCUCCUUCCAGCAGGAGCAAGGCCGUUACCGGCCCACCGGAAAAGAUGCCCCUUAUCAGCAGCUUCAAACAGCGGGACGCAUCUCAAACACCGGUCAAGAAAAUGAUCAGGUUCAACUUCCAAAACCUGAACACUUUCGUCAAAAUUCGUGAGCUGUACUGUGCCUACGACUACUUCAAAUAUGGCUUCCCUCACUCCAGCAUUCGUCCUGAGCUGAAAAGCUUAAAGGAGAGAGCAGUGGAGCCACAGGAAGAGCCAGCAAAGGAAGCAGUAAACAAACUGCCAGAGGCUAAGAAAACAGUUACAGAGGAAGCAACAGAUUCAGCCAACAAAAUCAAUGAGCCACAACACCUCACAGGGAUCCUCAAGAAAGGAAAGACGGCCAGCACCGCUCAUAAAUGUGUGCGCUUUAACUUCCAGAACCUGAACACUUUCGUCAAGGAUCGUGAGCUGUACUGUGCCUACGACUACUUCCAGUAUGGCUUCCCUCUCUCCAGCAUUCGUCCUGAGCUGGAAAGCCUAAAGGAGAGAGCAGUGGAGCCACAGGAAGAGCCACCAAAGGAAGCAGUAAACAAACUGCCAGAGGCUCAGAAAACAGUAACAGAGGAAGCAACAGAUGCAGACAACAAAAUCAAUGAGCCACAACAUCUCACAGGGAUCCUCAAGAAAGGAAAGACGGCCAGCACCGCUCAUAAAUGUGUGCGCUUUAAUUUCCAGAACCUGAACACUUUCGUCAAGGAUCGUGAACUGUACUGUGGCUACGACUACUUCAGGUAUGGCUUCCCUCUCUCCAGCAUUCGUCCUGAGCUGGAAAGGCGAAAGGAAAGAACAGUGAAGCCACAGAAAGGGUCAGCAAAGGACGCGGUAAAGAAACACAACACACUACACCAGCAAGCAGUUGGAGCAGCUCGCUGUGCACAAAUGAAUACCACUACUGAAGGGAAGUCUCCUAAAGGUAUCCUGAAGAAAGAAAAGAUGCCACGGUCCACCUGUCCAAGACACGUGCCCUUCAACCUUGGUAACCUCCGCGCCCCCGUUAAGGAACGUGAGGUGUACCGUGGCCACGACACCUUCAGAUACGCCGCGCCGCUCCAAGUCACUCAGCCUCCCAACUUUACCUCGAGGCCUCACCAGCAGCCCGUUAGAUCCGCCUCUAACUCGCUGCGUGGCGCACCUCGGCACUUCGAGAGGCCGACACAGCGGAGCAACGACUCCUUCCAGCAAAACAGUGGCUGGUAUGCUGCACACAACUACACCAACAGCCGCCACUCACAGCACCGCCAGCACAACGCCAGCAGCCACGUCCCUCCCAGAUACGAAACAAGGCAUUUCUACGAGGGACAGACACAUCGGGGCACCAACUCCCGCAGCAGAAGUCGUGCCAAGAGAGGCGCAAAGCCGAGUGGUGGCGAGUUUCUGUGAGCACCGGGCGAGUACACAGCGUCGUGAUCAAACUCAAAUGUUCAGCGACGUACAGGUGACGUACAUUCCGGGUGCAUUUCUCAACACCCGCUGAACAGUAACUGUCGCUGACUGGUGAUAACAGAGACUGAGGAGUGCCAAGAAGCACCACAAUCACACUGAGAGGAACGGCUCGCCAGCUGACUAAAAUCACCAUGCAGAGGAACGCAUCCCAUGGAACGGUGCCACUUCUACGGAACAAAUUGUUCAAGAGUGUCGCAUCUGUGGGGAGUGUUUGGACGCAUGUGUGUGCUUACAUUU